UAGCCUCAAUUUUGCUGCAGCAUUAGCAGGUAGCAAACACAUUUGAGUACGUAGUGGAUAUUGACCUACUACACAUACUUAAAUAAUUAACAACAAUGAUGCAUAAAAUAUUGUUGAAAUAGUGUAAAACCGAUUGUACAAAGUGGGUCAAAGAUCAUCUUUUAUUUUUUUUUUUUUUUUAUUUGAGUUUAUUUAGCAGGCAAAAUGAGUCAAUUUCAAAAUUCACAGAUGAUAACGGUUGCUCUGGGAGCAACCAUUGGAGUACUUGGUGCUGCUAGUUUGUUUAUUUAUCAAAAAAUAAUGGAACAGAGAGAACGUGAACGAAUGUCUAAUAAUUUAGAACGUGUUAAUCUUAGAGUUUCUCAAUUACAACAAGAAUUAGAUAAUUUAAGAGCACAGCAGGAAAAAUUACGAAUUAAGAAAUCUAAAAGUUUAAGAAAAAGAUUGACUUCAGCAAAUAGUAUUUAUUCACCCACAAAUGAAACAGAUAAUGAAAAUGAUGGAUUAUCAGUUACUGAAACGGAUAUUGAUGAUGAGUUUUAUGACUGUUCCGAUGAUGAAGUAGCUAAUGAAGAACUUGAGAAUGGGACAGCAGGAUUAAUGCUACCGUUGUUUGAAAAAUUGGCCGAGCUGGAUCAGAAAUAUGAACAAGAGAAAAACUACGAUGUGGUGCUUGACGAACUGCGCUCGUUGGCACUUUGGCAUGACGACAAUAUCGAAGUGGCUUGGAGACUGGCAAGAGCUUACUUUAAAACUGCUUCUUUACUUCCUGAUACUAAAGAACAAGAAACUCUUUUACAAGAAGGUAUUAAAUCUUGUCAGAAAUUUCUUGACAAUAAUCACGUUGAACUCCAUAAGUACUACGCCUUACUCGUUGGCUUACGUACUGAAUAUUUGCCAACGAAGGAAAAAUUAUCAGCGGGUAAAGAAUUUGAGAAACAUGUUAAAUUGGGGUUAGAGUUGAGCCCCGAUGACGCUGUUCUAAAUCAUUUACUCGGUAGAUUUCAGUACAGUGUAUCCAAUUUAUCGUGGUUUGAGAGAAAAGUUUGUGAAACAUUAUUUGGAGAAACACCGAAAGCAACUUACGAAGAAGCAAUCCAACACUUGGAACAUGCUGAGAAUCAUGUUGAAGAGCCUGAUAUACCGAACAAAUAUUUCUUGGCCAACGCUUAUUUAAAAGUAAAGUCUUAUAAGAAAGCUAUGAAAUUACUUGAAGAAUUGAAAGAUCUUCCACCACGAAAUAAUAGUGAAGAAAAGAUGAAGUCUAAAGCUCCUAAUCUUAUAUCAACAUAUUCUUCUUACUGUUGAUAUAUAUUAUAUACUUACCAUUUAUCUUUUACCUUCUACUUUACUAUACAAUACUAGUUUAUAAAUAACAAAAAAUUAUCAAUAAAAUAAUAAAUUUAUUGAACUAUGGCUUUGAGAUACCUAGUUCCGAUCGGGUUAUUUUAGUGUUGAUAUUUUAAUCAAAUAGCACUGUGUUAUAUAAUUUUAUUCGUUCUAUACGUAAUAAUUUAACAAUCAUGACUACGAUAAUCCAUUUUUUUAAUUAUUUGACAUUCCUAAUAAAUAAAAUAUUAUUCUAUAUACUUGUUACUUAUCGUUGAAUCCAAAGCCUGUAUUAAUAAAUUUUUUAAAGUAUUUUAUUUGAUAGUUAUUAAUAAAAUGAUUUAAUUUUAGUGUAAUUGUAAGUGGUGCUAUUAUGUUUUAUAUAAAUAUUUUCAUUUGUAAUUGUAAAUUAAAUUAAUAAGAAUAAUUACGAAGGUCUACAUUGUAAAGGUAUAAAUUGGUCUAAAUGAUAAUUUAUUAAAAUAAUUGUUUUUAUAUUUUAAAAAAUAAAUCCAUUUAAUUAUAAA